ACAGUUAUGGGCUCACCGCCUCUGUGUUUACUGGAUGUGUGAGUCAAGUAGGACAUUUCAGUGAGUGCUUUAAAGUUCAGAUAUUUUAAAUUCAGCAUAAUAUUUACCAACACAUAAACAUGCUGCUGAAAAACUUACCUACUAUCUGUUAUAACUUGCAAGUAUUUAUUUUCCAUUAUGUUUUAGCCUAAUUCAUAUGUGAAGGGGACAAUCUAGGACAGUGUAGUCAAUAUUGUUUCGAAACUUCAACCUCAUGAACAAUUAUUGUCACCUUGAGGGUACGGUGUCAGCAAGACUGGAGCAGCUCCGUAGAGACAGAUGAAUGACAGACGUGCGAGGUUAAACUGAUUGUGCUCAGGGCAAUUUUCAUGAGAUUGUGUGCAUUAUCUGGGUCAGAACUGAUUAUAAAAAAAGUUAGAUGAAGCCCAUAUGAACUCACAACAUGCCUCCCAUUGUACUGUACAUGAACAUGUAACGUUUUGACAGUGGUGGAAGAAGUAUUCAGAUCCUUUACUUAAGUAAAAGUAGCAAUACCACCCACCAUACUCAACUAUAAAUAAAAGUCCUGCAUUCAAAACCUUACUUAAGUAAAAGUAUGUAAGUAUUAUCAGCAAAAUGUACUUAAAGUAUCAAAAGUACUCAUUCUGCAGUAAAACAUUCCCUGUCAGUGUUUUACUAUGAUGUAUUUGAUAUUACUUCUGCAUUAAUGUAUAUGUUGCAUUUUACUGCUGUAGAUGUUUAAGGUUGAGGAUGCAUUUUCAAAGUAAUCCAAGGGGUUUUUUAAAUUUCGCUUAAGAAGUAGGAGAAUUUUCUCAAUCCAUAAAGGAACACUUCACCAUUCACUUUUUCAGAAAAAAAUUUAAUUCAAAAUCAACAAAUUUGGAGAUAUGUGGUUUCCUCUGGAUAGGAAGAGAUGAAAAAUUGUAAUCUGAAAAGUAACUAGUAACUACAGCUGUCAGACAGUGUAGUGGAGCAAAAAGUACAAUAUUUACCUCUGAGAUGUAGUACAAAGCUGCAUAAAAUGAAAAUACUCAAGUAAACUACAAGUACCUCAAAUCUGUACUUAAGUACAGUACUUGAGUAAAUGUACUUAGUUACAAUCCACCACUGAGUGUUGCUACUUUUACUUAACUAUAGGAUCUGAAUACUUCCUGCCCCACUGGCCCAUGUGAUGAAGAUAAGUAAGUGGACAUAUGUAAAUUGACUAAUAGGUUAAUGAAUGAACACAUUAGCAUGUACAGUCCUAAUUACAGGGACAGUGGGCAGAGCCUCGUUUUGAGAACAAUGACCGUGACUGUGUAAGUGAGGACAGAGGUCAUGCAGACAGACAUGCAUACGCCCGCAGUAUCUGUCCGGUCAUCUGAUGGCUCUGACUGAGGUUUCGGGUGACGGCUCCUUUAAGAAAACGGAACUGAGCCUCGGCUUUUGACGCGCUGAGGAUGUGGGCAGGAAACGCCAUGCAAGAGGAGAGAAACGAUCACGCUUCCCAGCACCGUUGCACAAUACAGUUCGAUCAAAAUGUGCUUUAAUUCACCACGCUAAUGUCCAGGAGCGGCCAUUCUCCUCGGAUCUCUACCCCGCGGCCGUCACAGAGCAGGCAAGGAGGAUUUGCCGGCGUGGGAUUUGACUCCUAUCCGAGCGAGAGGUCAGCCUUCCCAGCCUGCUCGGUUUGAAAACAUCGGGGCUGGUCAGCGGGUGGGAAAGAGAGAGAGAGAGAGAGAGAGAGAACAGGCUUCGUCGCGGAAAAAAGGAGGUGUCUGCCCUUUUUUUUCUCAAGCCAUGAGGGAGUACAAAGUGGUUGUUUUGGGCUCGGGCGGAGUCGGCAAAUCCGCGCUGACGGUCCAGUUCGUGACAGGCUCCUUCAUCGAGAAGUACGACCCCACGAUAGAGGAUUUCUACAGGAAGGAGAUCGAGGUGGACUCGUCCCCGUCGGUGCUGGAGAUCCUGGACACGGCGGGCACCGAGCAGUUCGCCUCCAUGCGAGACCUGUACAUCAAGAACGGGCAGGGCUUUAUUUUGGUUUACAGCCUGGUGAACCAGCAGAGCUUCCAGGACAUCAAGCCGAUGAGAGACCAGAUCAUCCGGGUGAAGAGGUACGAGAGGGUGCCCAUGAUCCUGGUGGGAAACAAGGUGGACCUGGAGGGGGAACGAGAGGUGUCUUCCGGGGAAGGCAAGGCGCUGGCCCAGGACUGGAACUGCCCGUUUAUGGAAACUUCAGCCAAAAAUAAAGGAUCGGUCGACGAACUGUUUGCAGAAAUAGUCAGACAGAUGAACUAUUCAACUGUCCCCAGUGGUGGCGACCAGUGUUGUUCAUGUGUCCUGCUCUAAACCCCCCCAACAACAUACAGAAACAGUGCAUCCGGGCUGAAUUUGAGCUUAUAACUUGUCCUGCAGGCUUUUUGCAAAACUAUUCUCUCUCCUCACACUGUUGUCUUAUUGUUGCACACAAACACAAAUCGACGACGCCAAUAACAAUCGAUUAUGUAUAAUAGUCUGGAAAAGUGUUUACAUGACAAAGUACUUGAAUGUUUUGGGAUUUUUUUAUAGCUUUGUAUAUGACACUUCUCUGGAAAUGUGCCUCAAUGGGAAUGUCUUAUUGUGAAACCUAAGAGACACCUGUUUUCUGGUUGUUGUUGUUGUUGUUGUUGUUGUUGUUGUUGUUGUUUGGGAAUUUUUUGUGGUUUUAUUUGUUGAGUUGUUCUGUUGCAUCUUCUGGGCUGGGUCCAUCUGUCUUGGAGAGUGGUGGUGUUGGGGUGGGGGUGGGGGGUUAUGCCAAAAUCCCAGGCAGAGCUGGGUCACUUUUUAGGCUCAUUUUGGCUGUAAUAAAAGAGCAGGAGACCUGAAAAUGCUUAAAAUCGCUCUUAAACGUAUCAAUCACCACUCAAGCCUUGCACAGGUUACUCAAAUCCGAUCUCCACAAUUUAUUCCCCCGAAAGGUGUGAUCCGAGAGGCGCAGACCCACCCACUAAGAUACUGUAUUUGAAGCUGUGGACUGUGGUGGAGUUGUGUUACGCCUAUGUAUUUUAAUUUUUCCCCCUCUCCAGUCUGGUGAAAGGGGAUUCAUCAUGGAACUUGCACUUAGCUGACGGUGUCCCUCCUCAGUGCUCACAAACAAGGACCUUAGUGCGUUGCUGUCGCUGCAUGGGGGACGCCAUGACCCCAUGUCAAGUGCCUUCCUAAGAAAACUCCUGUGACUGUGCCAACUGAUGAGCCCUACUUCCUCUGCAGUGCGUCUUGAUGGCAAUCAGAACUUUUUAGUAGUUUUCAGUUUACAUUCUAGUUUCAUUUGGUGUCAAAGUGAGAAGAGCCUCUUCCUAUUUUACUGGCAGGAAGCUAAGCUUGUAACAGACCUGCUGUUUCAGGGUCAGAUUCAGGCCAUUUCUCGAGGUACUAGUCCCAUCAAGAACAACAGAGGAACUUUAACCUACUAGGAUUUUGUUUCAGUGAAUGGCAAGCCAUGUCUGUAUUAUCUAGAAUUUUUUCUUUUCUAAAAAUGUGACAUUUUUUUGACUUACCGUAACUGUAAUUCUCCCUUUGGACAAAUCUUCUGCCAUCCAUCUGUCAGUUUAAAAGACUUGUAAUACAAAACGCAUUUUACGUAACGCUGUGUGCUGUGCUUGUCUCUGCUGAUAACAUAAAGUGUCUACAUUUUUCUUUA